ACGAAGUGCCCUUUUCUGUGGGGAACCUCGACACUGUCGUAAAGCAGCACCUCCGUUGGCUUCAUAACUUGCCUCGAGUCAAACCUUUCUAUGCUGUGAAAUGUAACAGCACGCCGGCAGUUAUCAGGAUGUUGUCUGCUCUCGGCACAGGAUUCGACUGUGCCAGCAAGAAUGAGAUAAAGCUGGCUCUUUCUCUUGGAGUGUCUCCUGAUGAAAUCAUUUAUGCACAUCCGUCAAAACCACAGUUUCAUGUCAGGUAUGCCUGCAUGUGUGGAGUCACAAUGAUGACCUUUGAUAGUGAGAUUGAACUCCAAAAAAUUUCUCAUUGCCAUCCCAGUGCCAAGCUGGUACUCCGCAUUGCAGUGGAUGAUUCUAAAUCUUUGUUACGUCUGAGUUCAAAGUUUGGUGCCACACUGUCGACCGUCAACAAGGUGCUGAUGUGUGCUAAAGAGCUGGACCUGGAGGUCAUUGGGGUCAGCUUCCAUACUGGCUGCAUUUGCACUGAUGCCUUCACUUACAGGCAGGCUAUAAAAGAUGCCCGUCACAUCUUUGACAUUGCGAAUUCGUUGGGCUUCAAGAUGACUCUGCUUGACAUUGGUGGAGGAUUUUCUGGAAGGGAUGACGCUCAAGUCAGAUUUGAACAGAUUGCAGAAAACAUUAAUAUGGCACUGGAUGAAUUCUUCCCAUCAAAGAGUGGGGUGCAGAUUAUUGCAGAACCGGGGCGAUACUUUGUGGAUACAGCCUUCACACUGGCAGUUACUGUCAUUGCCAAAAAAGUCACCGUGAAGGAAGGAGAUGGUGAAGAUGACAACCCUGACAAAGAAAUGAUGUACUUCAUUAAUGAUGGAGUGUAUGGCUCUAUGGCUGAUCUCCUAAGCCUACCUGCUAUCACAAAAUUUUUACCAUACCCUCAAAAGGGGUACUGCAUUACAUUACCCCAUAUUCAGGGCUUCAACAUUUGGAGGCACCACUGGGAUUGCUUGCUUAGAUGUCCGAUGUCCACAGCCUGUACAUCGUAGUCCGAGCCUGCUAAAUCCCCCACAUCACCCAGGCAGCCUGCAGUGAGGAAGGUAUUGGUGGCAGCUGUGUUCCAGUCCACGCAUCCUGAGGCCGACCAGAGAUCAUCAGGAACCACACAGGCCCUACAGCUCGGUGUCCCCUGUACCUGCAAAAGUUCCUCCUGUCUACUGCCAAGAUGUCAGCACUGGAGCAGCAACGAGAACAAGUUAUGUAUGAAGUGCACACCUUGCCUAAAGAACAUUUAGUGUCCCUCUGUGAGUUUCUUGGUAUAG